UGGUUACCCUUUAAUAUUAGCUUAGUCAGACCUAUUAUAACUAUAGAUCUGAAGUGUACUGUUUUUGUCAGAUGUAUUUUUAUACUUAGUCUUGCCCUACUAUAUAUAUGAAUACAUACUGUGAAGCAGAAAGUUCCAACUGAUCUCAAAAUUACUCUGCCAAAUUUUAGACUCAUUCAUUUUCCCACACUGCAGUUUGCUUCUGUUGUAUGCAAUACACAAUUGUUUGACCUGGAGACACAUUGGAUAUAUUGCACAUAUUGGAUUCAUAUUUUGUGGAUUGCAUGCAUUCAUAAAUUAUAGGCUGCAAAUUCAUAGUCUAAAAGCAUGAUCAUGCUUUCAUAUUUUGGCGGCAUAAUUUGAAAUUUCAAUUUUAAUAACAAGGGCGUGUGCUGAAAAAUAAAAAGUAGGCGGGGUCUCUGAGGGGACGAAAAGAAUGCCUGGUAUUAGUUCUCGAAUAGGACAGGGACGACACGCCACAGUUGAGAUAGAACCCUACCACGGCUAUAGAGAAGGAAGACUCAACCCUCUGGUAACAAGAAAAGCCCAACCAAUCCUCCGUUCACCAGUACGGAGCUUACUCUCAUCACUGAUAAGGCAGCCAAGGAGAAAGAAAAUGGCGACCCGGGUACAGCAUUUACAGGAAGACUUGAAUGUAAGCGGUGUGGACUUUGGGUCUGCCUUUGAGAUGGCUACCGAAUGGGCCGAGGUGGUUUUCUUUCAUCAAGGCUUUGGCACGUCAUCAGUAUUGAGUAUACAGGGAUGGAGAGAUAAUACAGUUGGUGUUAGUAUCACACCUGACUGGCAGCCUCCUUCCCCUGUCCUCUCUACUGGGACUACCUCUCGAAACCCAAAGACCCUACUUAAGUCACGGCUUGUUCAAGUACCGCUCUACUGUAAUUCACAUGGAGGAGGAGCGUCAGAGGAAGAUGAAGAGGAGGAAGAUGAUGAUGAUGACGAUGAUAAUGAUGAUGAUGAAUCAUUUCAAACUUCCUGGGCCCCGCCUCCUGCACCUGUUCCCGCUCCAGCUCCUAAGCCCCUCCCUCUUUUCACACCUUCAUCGCCUUUAAGUGUGUGUAAUAUAAAACAUUUAUUAUCAUCAGAGAAAUUUCAGCAAUUACCGAAAUCAGCGCAAGCCAAGUUAAUAAGUUAUCUUCCUCCUUCUGACAUUCACCAUUUAUCUGAAAAUCCAUCAAAUGGUUUAGAUUCAGUACUAAACAAUGAAUACAUAAGUGCUGCCCUCAGAGAAUGGCAGGACAGACUAGCACUAGGUACCCUCCACCGGAAAAGAUCACGGACUCAGUCUGAUCUGACGCCAUCAUGGAAAGAACGCUUUUACGAAGAAUACUGGGGAGAGAUGAAGAAAAGAGGCAAGCCCUCAGAUAAAGACCAGUCCUUGUUCUAUCCAUCAAACUCACUUACUCCUCAGCAAACUCUUGUCCAUGAUUCAAUAUUCUCUCCACCAACUCCAAACCCCGCCCCUGUCCCCGCCCCUCUACCAACGACUGCACCAUCUCUCCCUCCACCGAAACCAACAGCACCGCUCCCUGUACAGCUCCCAUUAAAAGCAUACACGGUUCACUGCUCCAGUCAGCAGAUCCUCCAGGAACACUCGUACUGCAAUACCUCACCUUCAACCAUGAAAUCAAAACUGACAUUAAUAAUAGGCUCGAACUGUAACUGUAGACAGGGCCCGCUCCUUGUCUGUCACAAGUGUCACCAUUUGUAUCACAGUACAUGCGCUUCACAGGCACUCUGUCCGGCUUGCUCAAAGCGGUGAUUAUUAUUAUUAUUAGAGAGAUAUUAUUAUUGUAAUAUUAUUAUUAUUAAAUAUUAUGUUUUUCGUAAA